AUGAAGGAAUCCUUUGAUGAUGAGACAAGAGUUAUUGGGUCUAGUCGAUCUGCACAAGAGCUUUUAUCAACAGGACUUGGAGUGCUCAAAGCCCAUGAAGACAGAUACAAUGGUGUAAUUGUUGACAUAGAGAAUAUGCAGAACGAUGCUUCUCGUUUUGCAGCUUCACUCAAGGCAUCACUUUCUCAAUGGGCACGCCAGGGAAAGAAGGGGGUGUGGAUUAAAGUGCCCAAGGACCAGGCGAAGCUAGUCCCCGUUGCGAUUGAGAUCCCUCAAACUUCUCCUACCAUCCCUGAUAAUGCUUCACAUCAAGUGGGAAUUGCAGCUUUUGUAUUCAACGAGGAGGGACAGGCUCUAGUAGUUCAGGAAAAGUGUGGACCUUACAAACAUUCCCGGUUGUGGAAGAUGCAGGGGGAAGGCAUUAAGGAAGGGGCCAUAAGAGAAGUUCACGAAGAAACUCGGAAUAUUGAUGCAGAAUUCGUAGAAGUGGUUGGGUUUAGGGAUGGUCAUAAUGCCCCUUUCGGAAAAUCAGAUUUUCUCUUCGUGUGUAUGUUGAGAUCUGUUUCUUCUAAUAUUGUUGUGCAAGAUACCGAAAUUUCUGCAGCCAAGUGGAUGGCGAUAGAAGAAUUUGCAUCUCAACCUAAAAAUCAGCAAAGCAAACUUCUAAAAGAUAUGAUUGGCAUAUGUUGUGCCAACGUCAAGGGACGAUCUAAGGGAUUUUCAGGCAUUGCCGGGAUAUCGUCUAACUCGCGCAGAUCCUCUGCCUUCUACUGUAGUGCCCUCCAUUCUCAAUAA